UGCGUGCCCGCGACGGACGAAGGCGGCGUGGGCGUUGGCACGGCCGGGUACCAAUGCCAGUGCCCGCCCGGGUACGAACUGGGCCCCGACGGCCACCUCUGCCACGACCUGGACGAGUGCGCCGCCGAAGCGCCGUGCGAGCACCAGUGCGAGAACACCGAGGGCUCCUUCCUCUGCCGGUGCCACCUGGGCUUCAGCCCCUCGGAGGAGGAGCCCGGCCAGUGCGCCGACACCGACGAGUGCCAGUUCCCCGGCGUCUGCCAGCAGAUGUGCGUCAACUACGUGGGCGGCUUCGAGUGCUACUGCACCGAGGGUUACGAGCUGGACGCCGACGGCAUCAGCUGCGUCCUGGUGGCCCAGCUGCCCCCGCUGGCCACGGCCGAGGGCUACCGGCCCUACGAGAGCGGCCACGGGUGGCCCCCGCAGCACGACGGGUCGGCCCUCUCGGACCGUUUCCCGGUUUUCCAGGAUAUCCGGGUCGGCUCUCCGGAGCUAGAGGCGCCCUCCUCGUUCCUCCCGGACCCUCGGGUCGUGCCCCGCAUGGUGCCGGAGGACACGGAACCCCCCGACGUGAGCGCCACCCCCCGGGAUUCGGUCCCCCUUUUGAGGCAUCCGGAUCCCGCCACCCUGGAUCGCCACGAGACCCCCGAUCCGACCUCUGCGGCCACUGGGACUCCCCCUGGUCCUGCUACCGGCUUUGCGCCGUCCUCCCCCAAAAUGGCCCUCCGAGACCCCCAAACGCCCGACACCCCCCUUGCUCCCGCCACGACCCGGCCCGCACCCCGACCGGACCUGACCUCUUUCCCCGAGGUCGGCGGUGGGGCGGUGGUCUGGGGUGUCAGGGCCGCGUCCCCCACUUUCACCACCCCGAGUCAGACUCUGCAGGGGGACAGCGGGCAGAGGAAGAGAGAUGACCGCUGGCUGCUGGUGGCCUUGCUGGUACCCAUCUGCGUCUUCGUGGUCAUCAUGCUGGCGCUGGGCAUCGUCUACUGCACCCGUUGCGGGGCCCAGGCCAAGGCGCGGAGCGUCACGCAGUGCUAUCGCUGGGUGAUCAGCUCGGCCGGCAAGGGGGCCGCGCCGCCGUCCAGGCCGGGCCCUGAUAAUUAA